UUGUGCCAUACUUAAUAUUACUAGUCUAUUCAUCAAUAAUGUAACUGGUCUAUUAACCCAAUCAAUUGUAAUGCAAGUGUCGGCCAACUCGACAAAAGUAUGGCCAGUCUAUAGUCCAUUGGAUAAUCCGGUAUCCAAAUGGGUUGGGUUUGUCACUGUUGGCCUACACUCACAGCAACACAAUCUAACGCUGUCCAAGACCAACGAUCAUCUCAGCCGCAAGCGAUUGGUCAGCGGCCGUGAUAUCGGUUUGGUUUUGUUUACCGAUACCGAUACGGGACACGUGUUUAUACGUAACGAUAACAGUGUCGAUGUUAAUGCACUGUUGAUUAUCAAUGAACAUCAAACUAGUGAUCCCAUUCCCGGUGCUUGCAAUCAGGAAUUUCCGUUAUCGGUAUCACCGUUUCAACGUCUAUACGAAACUUCAAUAAUGAAUCGUUUGGAUUUUCAAUUAGCUAAUUUAGGUUUCAAUGAUGACCAGUGCGAGAAAAAUCACCGAAACUUACGAUACGAUCUCUACGUUUAUUAUUUGCCGCAAAACGACUUUACCGAACGGGAAUAUUUUCGGUCACUGUCGGUGAUGAGCAAUGUUACGGAGAUUGUCAAUGUGGCCACACUAAUACCUAACGUCACACAAUUGCGACACUAUUUCUAUGCCUAUACGGGACGGCCGGUAGUCUAUAAUAUCAUAGUAUCGGCAACUACUGGUGCUGGUUAUAGACACCUGUCGGCGUACGUACCGAUUGUGGCCUACGAUUGCGGUAUUAAUAGCUGGAAUGAUUGCGGUAAACAAGAUGUUACAAUACUUAUAAUGACAAUAGUUAUGGGUUUACUCGGGUUUGUCGUAUGCCUGAGAGGUCACCUAUGGUUUCAAUUACAAAUGAUAUUUUACGGACUCAUUAGCGGCUCAUUUGUUUCAAUAAUAUUGCUAUUGAAAUAUACCGAUGAAAGUGAAACAUCAGUCGAAUUGUAUACCUGUGCCGCCGGUCUGGUUAUGUCUGUCCUAUGGCUGUCCAUUUGGAAACUGUUUCAUUUGCCAAUGUUAUCCCUACUGCUGACUGGUCUUAAUUUGGGUGUCCUAUUGAUGGCUACCCUAUUGUAUACACCGGUUGGCAAUUAUUCAGUGUUUAACAACGAUAUUAACUAUUGGCUGAUUAUGAGUUGUGCGGCACUAAUGAUAACCAUUGUGUUUCCGGCGCUCAACGCUAUUGGGUUAAGCGUAAUCUCAACGGCAAUUGUCGGCUCCUAUGUAUCGAUAGUAGUGGUCGAUCGGCUAAUUGGCGGUUCACUGUCCUAUAUCAUUGUCAAUGUCAUCAAACGGGCACUGGUAUCGCACGAACCAGCCAUCAAUGUCGUACCGUUUCAGACCAAAGAUAUAAUACUGGCGUCUAUUUGGGUAUUGUUAUCAUUGACGGGUAUAGUCCUACAAAUGCACAGCUCAUCCAUGAGAAGUCCAUUCCCGGCACCGCGCGAUAGCCGACAACAACAACAACAGCGUCGACGAUCACCACACACGCGUCGACACAGGUAUUAUCGCCGAAGAUCUCAAUAUGAUGACGACUUUGAUAGCGGCGAUGACCACAGCGGUGGUGGCGAUAACAGACAGCCGACGGCAGCUGAAGGAGACGAUAGUAGUUAUCUGUAUCAACACAACAACAACAGUCGCAAUCAAACACACCGAUCCUCAUCGGGUCGCCGGAGCCGCCGCUGGCAACCCGUACCCAAUCCUAGACGGUCGACAUCAGCCAAUCCGACGGCACCGCCCUAUACUACCGGAGUUCAGAGGCCGGCAAUUGACGAACGAAGUUCUUUACUACAGAACCAAUACUAUGAUCGUCAUCAGGAUGUCGGCAAUUAUGGCCUAACCAGUGGUUUAGGUACUGGAGCUGCUGCUGAUGCUGCUGAUCCUGUUAUUACUACCGGUGCCUACAGUGUCGAGACAUUAGGUGCUAAUAAUUAUAAUACUACUAAUACUAAUCGUAAUAAUAAUAGUCAUACUGUUGUUGGUGUUGUUCCCAAUGUUAGUGAUAGUCCGCCACCCGAUUAUAAUCAUCUGUUUAUUACAAAUACAAAUAAUAGAGAGUAUCAAAACAUCUAAUCAAAUAUUAUGAUAAUUAUUAUUUUGUUUUCUCAAAAACUAUGUUUAUUUAAUAUUAAA